GAGCUUCACAGCGUUCGGUGUAGCUAUUGUGGCUUAUUUCAGCCUGUUGUAACCGAUAUAUUAGUCAUUUAGACGUGAUUAGAAAUGCUGUUAAAUGUUACUGGUAGAUGCUCGCGCUUUAUGUUAAAAAUAGGCAACUUGUGGAGCUAAGUCACGCGUUGACGUUAAACGUUCUCAGCGAAACUUUUGCAGAGUUGCAAAAAAGAAAACAAAAUUGCCAAAAUGGAGAGUCACGAGCGGGCAGCGGCAGUGGGCGACGGCGUGCUGGACUUCUCACGCUUGGGUUUGAACACUCUGAGCGUUGACAGUAUCACCGACAGGAGGAAAAGAGACACCAAACAACUCUACCUGAACUACAACCGACUGGGCUCGCUGCCGUCGUCGAUCACUCUGUUCUUCAACCUCGAGUUUCUGGACAUUAGCAACAACGGACUUUCGUUCAUCUGUGAGGACAUUAUGCGUCUGACCAAGCUGAAAACACUUAUAGCCAAGAACAACCGCCUGGACGAGUUCUCGCUGCCCAAGGAGUUCGGCUCUCUGCAGCUGGAGGUGCUGAACUUUAGCGGUAACCGAUUCGAGGAGAUCCCGCUUCAGUGUACCAAACUGCUGCGCUUGCAGUCGCUUUCACUCGGAGGAAACAGAUUGAAAAGUAUACCUGCAGAGAUAGAAAACUUAACCAGUUUGGAGAUGUUGUACCUGGGCGGAAACCUUAUUUCAGCCAUUCCUCCUGAAGUAGCGAAUCUGCCCUACCUCACCUACUUGGUCCUGUGUGACAACCGCAUCCAAAGUGUCCCACCGCAGCUCACCAGGCUCCACUCUCUGCGAUCUUUAAGCCUCCACAACAACUUGCUCACUUACCUGCCGAGAGAGAUCCUGAGCCUGGUGCACCUGCAGGAGCUCAGUCUUAGAGGCAACCCGCUGGUUGUGCGCUUUGUCAAGGAGAUGACCUACGAUCCACCCUCGUUGCUAGAGCUGGCAGGGCGCACCAUUAAGAGUCGAAAUCUUCUGUACUCCCCUUUUGACCUGCCUGCAAACCUGGUGCGUUAUCUGGACCUGGCCAGCAAGUGUCCCAACCCCAAGUGUGCCGGUGUGUACUUUGAUUCGUGCGUGCGCCAGAUCAAAUUUGUAGACUUCUGUGGAAAGUACCGGCUACCCCUCAUGCACUACCUGUGCUCCCCUGAGUGCACCUCUCCCUGUAGCUCCAACCCGCAGAGCGACGCCGAGUCUGAGGAAGAGAACAGCGUGCCUGCUGACCGCCUUCAGAGAGUGCUUCUGGGAUAGUACGACCAAGAGGAACAUCUGAUCCUCUGUCCAGACAAAUCCUUGACAGUUUGCCAUUGUUUUUAUAACACUAACAAGGACCCUGAUUAAGACUUUAUCGGACAUAUUAGUGCGCAUACACUUUUUCUUCCCCCUUCAGCCACUGAAACGCACAAAAAAAGUGAGACAACUUACCUUUGCUUUGAACUAAUGUGAAAUCUAUUCUAUAAAUGUUUUGGGUUUUUUUUUUUUUUUUUUUUAAAUCUUUUUUCUUUUUUUGUUUCAUGAAGUGUUGUCUGUUUUGUCUCACCAUACAUCAGUCUAUCUAGAGCAAAUGAAGGAAGGUCCAUCCACGCCUGCUUGCCUCAUGGUUGAGCACAGGAGGGCAGUAAAACUCUGGUUUGACUGAAGGAGUGAAAGGAUUCUUUUUGUUUUCAGGGCAACAUGUUUAGUUGUAAUUACAACAUUUCAUUCUUUGCAGAUGCUACAGUGUAUUAGUCUGCAUUUUCACUUUGAGUUUGAGCUCUUUGUCAGCCAUCAUCUAGCUUUAUUUGACUAUCAAGCCUGAUGUGCCAACCAAGAAAAAGUCAGUGUUUUUUUUAUAGUAUGUGAGCAGGAACUUUGAGCAUUGUUUCAAACUGCGGUACUAUAAAUAUUUUUUGUGGUUUGAGAUGGCCUUAUGCACACUUUGCUGUGGCCAGUCCCACACAAUACUAAAGGACCAGUAUGUAGGAUUUUGAUGGGGAGGGUUCACUUUCAGUCAUGUGAUCAACCCUGGAGGACCAAAAGAAAAUUAAACAUUGCUGGCCAAAGCUAGAUAUGCCACAUAACUGAGAAAAAGUGCACGCCUGUCAAUUUUCCAGCUCUUUCAAACCACAUGUUUAGAUCACCUAAAUAUGAAAAGCAAAGAUUUGUGAACCAUAAGUUAGAUAUGUGGCUGUCUAGUCAGCAUACUCAAUGACAAGGGAGAAAUAAACUCUGGUCAAGUUAAACCAUUGUGUGUCAUUUCAAAUAAAUCAUCGCUGACAACCUGGGUAUCUGUGAAGGAGAUGACUGAGGACCGAACUUUAAGAUAAGCUGUUGAACAUGUCUACUUGUUGCCUGUGAAGUCUGAGUCCUCACAGAUGGAAAGUAACUGUUAACUAUGCCAAUAGAAUAUGUCUUUGCUUUUGAAAGACUGGGGUGUGUCAUAGACAAUGGUUCACAUAGAGUCCUGCACUCUGCGCUUUGUUAGCAGUUGUGAAACAGUUGAGUGUCUGAUUAUGGGUUGUAAUGGCUGUGCAGCAUUUUGGCUAAACACAAACCAGAUGAACAAAACCUGGUUUUGGCUUUCAAUACAGGAGCGGGUCCUCGUCCACCAAGCUCCAGUGUUUCUACUUUAGCCCAGAAGAGAUGAGCCAAACAUUGACCCUACAGAGGACCUUUCAUUAGCAGCCACUCCAGGUUCCUCAGAGGUGUUGACUUGGUUGUCAUGUUGCUAGAUCCCACUUAAUCCUGCAUACUGCCUUCAGAAUAGCAAGGUGGCGAUCUUUUAUCAGUGCUUUUGUCUCAACUGCACGCCACCUUUGGGGGGGAAAAAAAAGCUGCGAUGGCUUAGUAGUUUUAAAUUAACUCAAAGUAGUGGUUAUGUGGAAGAAUGCUUAUCCAGGCUGACUCACAGGAAGUGGAUGUGGGUUGGGCCAGGGAAAACCAUUCACUGUGUUCGCACAAAAACAAUAGCUAUUGAGCGCAACUCAGUGGCAGCCUUUGUGUUUAUGUUCAGGGCUGUUAGUUUUCUGUGGGCAUAAACAUAUGAAGAUGUAUCUGAAUAAAACCCACAGUCAGUGAUAUAUGUAUGGUUACAUAUCUGCUGCAACUUUCUGCUUGUGUGGAAAGCUGGGUCAUUUUAUAAUGUCCCAGACAGUUUGUGUCCAUUAGUCAGGAGAAGAAAUCCAAUUUUGGCUUCACAUUAGACCUUAAUGUUAAGAAAACAGAAGAACGUUCUUCUAUGUUACAGAAGCUACAGUAGUUACAAUUCCUAAGUGCCUUACUAAUGGAGACUUCUAACAGCGAAGCAAGUAUGUAGGAACGUAUGAAGAAACUGAUAUAUGCACCCUGAAAUGUGAAUAAUUUAGCUUUAUAAAAGUCACUUUUUUCUGAUUUCCAUACUCAUCUGUUUAACAGCAAAUAUACAAAAUAGCCCUUUAAAACAAAAUGGAUUUAUAUAAAUGUAUAAAUCCAUUUAAAAAAAAUGUUAAAGUGCUACAUUUGUAACAAGCUUUGGAAUAGACAAUGCUUAAAAAUGUAUAAAAUGGUACGUGCUUUAACCCCAGAUAUUGUAAGUAGAUGUACAGUAAAUAAUGACAUUA